ACACCUUGCUAGUGGUCCCACUAGGCGUGCCAACAAAGGAUUGUUUCCUCAAAAAUCCUUAGCCGACCUUGACCACGUGAGUUUGGAUGUUAGGCGUGCCACUUGCUGUAACACCCCAUAUACCUUAGUGAAUAAUUUAAAAAUUAGUGUCCUUUAGUUUAUAGUUUUAGUGAUUCAAUUGAUUGAAUUUAAAGUUUAGGGGUUUUAAGUAAAACUUAGUAGAAGUUGAAUGAUCAUAACUCAAUUAUUCCAAUUUUGCUUACCACAUGGCAUUUUCCCAACCAAGUUUUUUUGUCUUGUCGGUGGAAGCUUGGAUAAGCCUCCAGAAGCCUCCCAAAAGCCUCAUUUUGCUUUCUCAUGCCUUCCUUUUCGACCCACAUCAUUUUCUUUCUCCUUUCUCCACCAAGGUUAAGGUGCUUUUGUUAGGUAAGUAUAAGUUUUAGUUAUGAAUUUUGGGUUAGAGUUUUGGAUAGUUUAAAUUAGUGAGAUUUGAUUUUAAUCCUUUGAUUUACAAGAUUUUUGGGUAUUAAACUUUUAUUAGAAAUAUCCUUAAUAUUGGGAUUUAUAUGGCAAAAAUAGUGAGUUAAUUAGUCCUUUCUAUUGUUGAUUUGGGUGUGAUUUUGCUGCAGGAAUUAGAAGGAAAUUACGAAAUACUGUUCGUGAUUACUGUUCAUGAUUACUGUUCAAAAUUACUGUUCAAAAAUACUGUUCAUGAUUACUGUUCAUGAUUACUGUUCACGCAUUAUGCUUUGAUCUCUUUCAAUGGGAAAUCCUAAUAUUAUUUUGGACAUAUUAUGAAUUUGUUUGACAUGUGUAUGUGUUUGUGGCUAUGGAGUAAGUGGACCUAAGCUUAAAGCUUGGGGUAUUUAGUGGACCCUUCGGGGUAUUCAGUGGACCUCUGCGCAGUAGGGUUAGUACUGUGAUUAGCUCCGGUACAGUGUUGCUAGCACACCUCAGUGGACUCCAUAGCAUUGUGUGAUUUUCGAUUUUUAUGCAUUGCGCUUGUGACAUCGUAUUUGUGAGCAUAUGAUUUUGGUAUAUGAAUUCAAUUUAAAUGUCAUUGAUUAUUACUUGACAUUUGUGCUUAUGAUUUGAUUCCUUUGUGUCUUAUGCUCUUUGUGUGGAUAGGCUUAAGGGUCUUAGGACCCAAGUUUAUAGCUUAAACUUAUUACUUACUGGGCUGUGAGCUCAUAAAAUCCCCCCCCCAUUUCAGAUCAGUAGAUCGAGGUAGCAGUCUUUCGGUUUAGGAGCUUUUGGCACGGGACUCGCAUGCUCGUUGUAUGUGCAAGCUAGGGCCUCGUGUUUUCGAUAAGGAGGCAGAUCGAUGUGUUACCAAAACCAUGACUUAGCUUUUGUUUUUUUGAAAAGGUUUGAAGAAGAAUUUGCCUCGUAUAAUUUUUGUGUAAAUUACCUUUAUGUAUAAAAUCUUUAACUUAAU